GGCGGGUCUCCUUGUAUGUAUGUGAUGUGUAUAUACAUAAUGGUAUGUCGUUCUGAGGACUAUUUUAUUAUCAGGAAGGAAAUCUAAACAAAAAUGGAAACAAUUACCAAUUGAUCCUUUCAUCGUAACUCUCUAUGAUUAUCCAUUAAAUCUCGUGAAUGAGACUAGUAAUAUCUUUAUUCUUUCAGGAUACAGAAAGUUAAAAAAAAGUGAUUAUAAUACUAGAAAAUAAAGUUCAAAACCUCAUGUUUUUAGUAUUAGGAUUAAAAUCUUUAAGAGUGUCACGUAAGAAAAGGCUCUUUACUUGAGAUAAAUAUUUAUAUAAAUUAUUUCGAUUCAUUGGCUAAAAAAAGGUGACUAGAAAAAUAUUUAAUUAGUGAAUAUUAGUACAUUUUAAAAGGCUGAAAGUUGGGAAGAGGAAGGAGCGGCCCUGGUAAUCUCCAGGGCUAGUCCACGGUCAGUGCUCUCACCAUGGCGACCCCUGGCGACCACACUGAGGAGGCUACUGCCUCCUUUCCCCUGUUAUGUCCCAGACCAGGCGAUCUCCUCUCUAGAAACCAUACCAUCAUCACCUCGAGCUACGGGGAGACAUUACAGACAUACACAGUGGGCACUACGAGUAGUUUUCAGACAUCUACGUUCCUAACGUCUGAACCUGUGAGUAUCCUGGGCAAAGGGAGGCACAAUUCUGCCAGUUCGAUAACCUCUGCAAGUCCAAAGCACAGCGUCAAGUUUUCGGAGCCAAGAGGCGCUGCUUGUAGAGAUCGAACUCCCGAUAGUCCCCGUUUCAGGCCUCUUGGGCAGGAUAAAUUAAAACAUCAAGAAUGUUUGAAGUAUAAAGUCCACGAGGGAUCAGUUAUGCAUCGGAACGUCACGCAUGGGAUUGGAAGCAUCCCUGAGACGUCGACGCUCAAUAUCACAGAAAGUUCCAACUUCAGAUACGCUGAGUCCUCGAAGAUGGUCGGCACUUCCUUCCACUGCCCUGACAGUCCUCGCUCUAAAACUCGGAUGAUAACUCGUACUCCUGACCGCAACUCUAUAAUCGCUUCCAUGGAGUUGAAGGUCCCAUCCUUCCACGAUCUCGGAGUUCCUCUGGCGGGCAGUAGCGGAGCGGGACUCACGCCCUUGCUGGGUCCUCCCGAGAGUCGAGGACUAACCAUCCUCUCACCCCAUAACCCAACACCUGAACUCCACUUCUCUUCGACCUUCACGGUGAGGACUCGCAAGGGAAAGACCAUUGUGCUGCCCAAGCUGAGGAUUCCGGCCUUCCACUCACACUCUCAUGACAGCAUAUUCCUUGGGUAA